UCUCACGUUCGAUGUGUGUGCUGUCACAGAGAAAAUAUCGCUGUCCUUUUAGAAAGAAAUUAUUAAAUCUUGAGAUGUUUAAACUUUUUCUUUCUUGUAUUCAUUAUGUUUUAUAUUACUAAUCUUGAGCAAGUGACGUUUAAUAGUUUUGGAAAAUAACAGUGUCGAGUUUUUUUUAUUUUACUGGUUCAUUAUGAAUUGCCAUCAAGUACUAAGUGGUGCCUGUAAUUCAGGAGAUCAAUGUUUUGCUGUUGGUUCAGUGGAGGGAAUACCAUUCACAGCUUAUGCAGCAGGGUGUAAUAUUGUGAUAUUAGCAUCCAAUUUUGAGAGAGUGCAAAUUAUACCAGGGGCUAUACAUGGAUAUGUCCGUAUUGGCUCAUUAGAUUGUAGCACUGACACAGGAAAGAUUGCAGCUGCAUAUGGUGCUGAAGUAUGCAUAUUUGAGCCAACACCUUUGAUACAUUCUGCUGCUACCACUCAUGGACUUGAAUACCGCUGGGUGCAAACCGGCAAGCUGGUGGCAGAUGGGCCGAUUACAGCGCUGUCUUGGAACCUUGAGGGCACUAGGUUAUUGACCGGUGGCAGGAUCUUACAGCUUUGGCACCAGGCGUCGCUUUACCAGGAGGAGAGUCAGCCAAGUUCGGGCGUAACUUUCCAAAUAGGCGGUGACAAAGAUGAGAAACCGAAACAGCAAGAGGAGGAGGACCCGGGGUGGAUAUGCGUGUGGCAGUGCCACACGGCGACGCCGGCGCACCACCUGUCAUUCUCGCCGGACGGCGUUCUGUUCGCCACAUCCGGCAUCAACGACCGGCUCGUUAAGAUCUGGUACCAGAAUAAAGUGCUUUAUCAACAGACUCACAACGACCAUUCACCACCAGAGUUGAACUAUACGUUUAUUUAUGUAGCCCACCCGCGUGCCGUCACACAUCUAUCGUGGAGGAAAACCAGCAAAUAUAUGCCGAAGGGUAGCGUGGGCAACGUGUUGGUGACGUCAUGCGUGGACAACAUAUGUCGCGUAUGGGCGGAGACGUUGUUGCCGGACGACGAGUGGGGCGGAUGCGUGCCCGCGCACGCUCGCUCGCCGCCGCGCCGACAGCGCGCCACGCACAGGCACAAACAUCGGUUCAUGCAGCGGCUCAAGCACAUGAAAACAUGUUUCCAUAUCAGACGGAAUGCACAAUCGUCAAAGCAGCCUGGUGCACCUAUUCCCACCUUACCUUCCACCUACAGCGCCCACGAUUUCCAUAAUCCUUACCAUUCUAGUUCUUACACGGGUGGUCUACACUUUCAUUUGGCUGCGUCGAUCAAUGCGGAGACAGAUAUCCCUUUAGUGCCGUCGCUAGCUGGUGGUGGAAGAUUUAUCCUACACUGGCUACAUAACAAGGAAAUGCAUUUCACGAGUCAAGCGGAAGCGAUACUGCACGACCUCACUAAAAAAAUAUUAGAUAAAGAAGAAUCCGACGAAGCGGGUUCAGGCUCCGAUCACACCACACAUCCGGACGGAGAAAAUGAAACAAGUAGCGGUAACCACAGCCAUCCGAGCUUGUCGAACACAACGUCCAUAAACUCGAUAGCUACUGACGUCACGUGCACCCACCUUCCGGACUCGUUGGAUGCCAAGAUCGAAUCGUUGUUGCGAGACUGGCAUCAAAGUCCAGACCUACUCUUCUCUAUACACCCUGUCGAUGGCAGCUUCCUUAUAUGGGUGUGCGAGUGGCUGGACGAGCUGCAGGCGGGCGCGAUCCGUCAGGCGCAGGUUUCGUUCUCGGCGCGGAUCCCGUCCGCGUUCCCACUUGGCGAUGCCACUACCAUGUGUACACCCGCCGCGUUAUACCACGCAGCCGCGCAACCGCUGUACGUCCGCCAUCGUACCAAGCCAGUCACACCAGGUCCACCACAACAACCAGAAGUGGUCACAACGCCGUUGGCUAGUGUCCAGGAAGAAAAAGAAGAGAAUGAGUGGCCCCAAAACGAAGAAAAUGGAGAAAAUCAGGAAAAUGGGGAUCGUGAAGAGAACAACAAUGAAAUGCAAAGGAAAUCAAGUGUCGCGGCGGAAGAACUCGGUGACAAUCAGGAGGGAGACGUUCUCGACUCGGCACCAGUUAUUUCGAUGGUCACCAAUCAUACCAACGGCACGCUCAACCUAUGGCAGCUCACCUUCGAUGAUAAAUCUAAGUUUUCGCAGGUGUUAUCAAUAGGUCACGCAUCCAGGGCGUCCGGCCAUAGAUUUAGGGUGAAUGACAUCACAUGCCAUCCAGUAUUACCAUUAUUGCUUACAACUAGCCAUCAUAAUAUAUCGGAUAGUGAUAGAGACACACACAAAGGGGAUGAGAGCUCAGAAGCGGGGGGUUUGUGUUCGGAGCUGAUAAUGUGGCGAGUGGAAUGUGUCGGGCCAUUGGGCAAGUCCGGUGGAGUGUCAGAACUGGCUCGAGUCAAUUCACCACACCUCUCCGCCUUCAGUAACGUCGCUUGGUUGCCUACACUGUUGCCUAGUACGACGUUGGGUAAUUUAUCAAACUCGCCGUCAGCGUGUUUCGUCGCAAGCGACGGUGAGAGCUUGCGGGUGUUCCAAGCGGUUAUCGACGCUCGAACGUUACUAGCCGAGAUAGCCACUUCAGAGAGACGUCACAAAGAUUUCACGCAGCAGGACACCAUGUCGAUGUCGUCGGAGUCGACGCUGGAGGAGGGCGGCGGGCUGGGGGCCGGGCCGCCGCUGCACGAGCGCAUCCGUAUAGUGUCGCAGCAGUCCACCGCGCGGCCCGGCGCCAUCAUACAGCUGCACGCCAUCGCAGACGCCACGCACGACUGGCACAACACGCAGCUGUUGCACGUGUUCCAGGAGCAACUCAUCACAGGGGAGCGUACAUCGCCCGAAACAGAGAACGCUGACUCGGGCAUAGAAGGCUCGGAAGUAAACACUAUCACCGAAGCCGGUUUAGAAGCGAUAGUGGAUUUACGAAAAGCAGCAGUGUUUAAUGAACCAUUCUACAUAGUAGUAUUAGAGAGGACAGACGGCGGGUCUACAGUUCACAUGUGGAGAUUGACAGUGUCCUCUCAAGCCGAUCCUAGUGACGACUUCACGAAUAGUAUGAUGUACGUGCCGGACAGUGCACUUGUUCAAGAAGAAGAGGGUGAAUCAAGAAAAAACUCUGUCUCAAUGGAUCAUGAUAGGAUGCCGCCACCUGCGCCUACGCAUUCACACCUUUCAAUAUCUACAAAAAAGGUUUGUGAAUGUCCUCUGUCUCUUCCGGAUGGUGUUGAUGUAAUUCAUGCUACACCAGCCGCCGGCCAUCUUAGCUCGGCAUCUAUAUACCCUGCUUGUUUAGCGCCCUACAUAUUAGCUACAGCGUGCUCUGAUAGUACUUUAAGGUUUUGGAGAUGUAGUGUCACAAAGAAAGACGAUAAUGAAUUCGAAUACACCUGGAAGGAAUGGGAAAUGAUGAACAAAGAUCACGAGUCAACUAUUGACAUUCCAGGGCAACCCCUUCACAUAAGCGCGGCAUAUUCUGGACGCAUUGCGUGCGCCUACAAAUGCGGACGUUCUUUCACACGACCGAAAGUCGGUAACACCACGACAAAUUCAACUGACGCACGUUUCGUUAACCUUUGUGUGUGCGUAUAUGAAUGUGAAAGCACUGGCGGGGCGGAGUGGCUAUUAGAAGACACGAUACCGCUGAGAAAUGUCAGUUUGCCACGCGUCGGAGUUUGUGCGGAUACGCAAAUUGACUUGUCGUAUCUGCAUGACACGUCCUUUAUGCAGAAGAAACAGAGGAUAACGCAAGUUCUACAAACGUUAUCGUCAGAAGAACGUAGCGUCCGUAACGGGGAAGCGGACCCGGGCAAGUCUGCGGGCUUACUCGCGGUGCCUUCGUUCAGCACGCUGCAGUCACUGCGCAGGAGUAUAAUGGAGAACGGCAACACGUGUCCCCUCACACAGAAGCAUCUGGUACAGUUGGACUGGGUCUCGAAGGAAGACGGCUCCCAUAUACUCACCGUCGCUGUUGGCUCCAGGGUGCUGUUAUUCACUCCUGUAUCCAGCGAUCUCGCUCAAGCUAAUUUGAAGGCAAUGAAGGAAUCUAUAAACAACAACCGGCCUAUACUUCGCAAAGCGUCGUCUCUAGCGGCACCGUUAUUCGUCGAAGAGAUACGGUGGAUGCAACUCCGUCGUAUACAGUUGAAGACGGCGGACGGUUUACCGCCCCUCCCUAUGCAGAUAUCGUGGGUCCGAGACGGUAUACUAGUCGUCGGUAUGGACUCAGAGAUGCAUGUAUACUCGCAAUGGAAACCCGAGACUCCGCAGACAUCAUCCGGACUUGGCAGUGCUCCGGAAUUGGAAGAAGGCAGUGAAUCUAGGGCUUUGCGUGAUUCGGACUUGCGCAUCUCUGCACCUCAUCUUCAGCGAGUUUCUUCGAUAAACCUUCAACUACUUGAACGUGACGCCAGAAGACGAAACAAAGCGCAACCGGAUCAGCCACAGCCACUGUUGGACUACAUGCCUGAUUACGGACUGUUUGAAGCAUCACAAAUGGCAUGUCCCGUGCUGCCACAAUAUCAUCCCAAACAGCUUAUGGAAUUGCUAAACAGUGGCAAAAUAAGAUGGGUCAAGGCUAUACUGGCUCAUUUAGUCAGAUGUAUUGGCGGCACCUACACGGGCCGCAGUUCACAAGGAGAUGAAGACAGUUUAUCGAGACAGCGCGGCUGGUCGCGUUCGCGCACACUCUCCGUAUCGUUCGCCGCUGGCGCCGGAUCACCGCUAGAUGGCGUGGCACAGAUAACAGAAGAUGUUCAAUUGGAUUAUGCGGAAAUAACAUCUGUGCCUCCACUGCCGCUGUGGACACUUCUUGUAGCCGACAAAGAGUCCCCUCACCAUCCGUCGACCAUACAAGAGGCUAAGGAUUACAACGAACUAUUUGACGGCACAAUGGAUACUGAUGAAGACUUGGACGCACUAUUAUUAGGCGAAGAAGAAGGCGUUGAUCGCAGACCAUCUAUGCCGGAACGCCAGCCAUUGUCACAUUUUGGACCCAGACAAGGCCGUAUUCUCUCCCGUCUAUUAACACACACGCAUCUUCCUGGUCUGAGCUCUCUGGAUCAAAUGCAUCUGCUAGCACUGGCUGACACCGUGUCUACUUGCGAUGCUGAUUUCGCAGAACGGUUUGCAGCCAACGCUCGCGUUGACGUAACACAAGGCAAUGGCCAGGAAAUAUUACCAGACUCUUUGGACGACUGCGGUCUAAGAUUCCUUCUAGCUAUGAAACAUUAUGGCUACUUGCUGCGAUGCUUACCGAUAGCACAGCGUGCGACGCAGCAACGUAAUGGCGUAGGAACUUGUAACCUUGUGUGGGCGUUCCAUUCAGAAACUCACGAACAACUCUUAGCCUUGAUACCGGGAUACACUAAGGGACAGCCAAAAUGGGCUACAAUGAGAGAAUUAGGUGUCGGAUGGUGGGUGAGAGGCGAUCUACUCAGAACUUGUAUAGAAAAACUUGCUCGUGCUGCCUACAUGCAGAAACAGGAUCCAAUGGAUGCUGCGCUCUACUACUUGGCAAUGAAGAAGAGAAUGUUGCUUUGGGGCCUUUUUAGAUCAAAUCGAGACGAAAAGAUGACAGCGUUCUUUGCGAACGACUUUACUGAGGAUCGAUGGCGAAAAGCAGCGUUGAAGAAUGCUUUUGUUCUCCUUGGUAAGCAGCGGUUUGAACACGCUGCAGCAUUUUUCCUUUUAGGCGGUGCAUUGAAAGAUGCUCUAGAGGUAUUGAUGACGCGUUUGGGAGAUUUACAGCUAGCGAUGGUGGUUGCUCGCUUAUAUGAGUCUGACGUAACGUCGCCACCGAGUUUGAAAAAAUUGUUGAUGGAUGAAAUAUUAGGUGGUGAAACAGAAUCAGAUGAAAUUGACUUGGAGCGUGCACAUCCGGAUCCGUUCAUUCGUUCGAUGGCUCUCUGGGAGUUGAAACGGUACGGGGAAGCUUUGGACACCCUCCUAAGUCCAGCGGGACGUUUGCACGCAUCGCGGGAUAACGAACCAACGCCCAGCGUGUUCAAUUUCUACGUGUACCUUCGUACGCAUCCAAGGCUGAAACGACACAAUAUGCCCAGCCAGGGUGGCACUUUAGCACUGUUACAGUCAGAGCCAGAAGAGAGCAUAACUCGUUUGGAGCGUCGUCUGUACUUCCAAACAGCACAUGGACAUUUCAAAGCGGGUUGCCCGGCAUUAGCACUAGAAGUGCUAUCAAAGCUGCCUGCGAGAGUUCGUGACGAGAAGCCCAAACAUCCAGUUUCUGUGCCGUCUAUAGAAGACGCCGUCAUACACACUGGCCAGCUAGUCGAAGACGUUAUAGUUAAAAAGGAAGAAGAAAGCAAUUUGGAUUGGGGCUCGACGGCAGUAGACUGGGGCGCGCCUGUCAGCUCUGUUAAGUCUGACGAUCUGGUUCUCAACUGGGACGACGAUGAUGAUGACAAAGGUUCCGGUGGUUCUGGUGCGUCGACGCCUCCAUUGGAAAUGAAGAUGGACAAACAAGAGGAUCCAGUAGUGAACGGUCAGAACAAUGACACGAAGGAAGAGGAGCCACCAUCAGUAGACAUUAUGGCUCAACAACUCAAGUUUGUGGCCUGCCUUAAGAUUCUAAUGGAGGAAUUGAGCACCCUCGCUACUGGAUUUGAGGUUGAUGGUGGUCAUCUUCGCUACCAACUGUACAUUUGGUUGGAGCGUGAAGUGGAAGCUUUGAGGAGACUUUGCGGUUAUGCGAGUGCGGCGGGGGCGCCACCUGGUGGUGAACUGAUAUGUGCUGACGCUGAACCACCGCCGUUACCAGACAAACCCACCUUACAUCAGUUGCUGAUCAGAGAGAAGGCUGACUUUGAGGCCAAAGUGCAGAGAGCUGUAAGGAGGAAAAAAUGGCUAAAAGCCAACGAAACUUUACUUCGUACGUUACUGUCGUACUGUUCGCUCCACGGAGCCGGUGGAGGUGGAUUAGCGUCCGUGAGAAUGGAACUGGUCCUUCUACUGCAAGAGCUGGGUCAAGAUAAACAGCACCAGCAGUUGCUAUCGCCGCUGCCCUUCCCUACCACGCUGCCGCUGUUGGCUGCCGCCGUCGCUACCAACAAUACUGUGGUCGCAGAUCCUGUACGCCAUUUACAGUCGGUAGCCCACGAUAUGCUGGGCACAAUCGGUGAAUUAGGCAUUCCUGGUGGUUCUGCCACUCGGAUACUACAUACUCUACGCGAGUUGGCUGUCGCUCUGUCUGCUUGCAUCUAUCAGAGUCUCUGCGAUUCUGACACGUUCAGUAUGAAGCACACGCACAUCCACCACGACGGUUUGAUUGCGGAAACUCCCGGUACUAGUCACUUAAUAGCACGGCCGAGACGAUAUUCCAUGGAGGAGCUCAUUGUCACCACGACGCCCAAUAAAUGGCCAGGUGUGUCGGCGUUGCGCGGUCUAGCGUUACGCGCUGCGGAGGAGGACGACGCGCCCCGGCUGGCCGUGCUGCUGGCGGAGGCGUUCUGCGCGGUGUACCUGGCGCUGCUGGGGUGGGCGCUGGCGGCGCGCGACGCCCACCUGCUGUACCGGCUGGCGGCGCAUGCGCCGGACGCGCGCGCGCACGCGCAACUGUUCGGCGGCGGGGUGAGGCGCCUGCUCACCACCGCACCAGCGCCGCCGCCGCCUAAACUGGUGGAACGUACAGAAGGCACGUCGGUGUGGUCAUCGUUACGUGAGAAGAGAGCGUUAUUGAACAUGAGGCUGCUAGGAUUGGGUCCCGCAGCGCCACACAAGAACAUUCAAGAAGGACGACCCACUUACCGUGAACAAUUCGUUCCGCCCCACUGCAGUAUACUUACUUACUUGCUCACUAAGCCCACAUUGGAUCAAGACUCUGAUUACGAUUACGAUUCCGCGGAGUCUGGAGCAGAGGAUGCUGAGGACAGUGGCAGUGACCCCGAUGACGAUGAUAUCUUUGACACAUCCAAUACUAAGACUGAAAAACGACGAAAGUUAACGAAUAACGAGCACUCUGACCCUGAUUCCUACUCGUGGUACGUGAUGCGAGUGGCGGUUCUGCGGCUCGCGCAACUAAAACUACAACAUUUUCUGCAACUGUGCGGCAUUGAAAUGUCCGAGUUAGCAACUACUAGUCCUACCGUUCACGGCGCGUUGCGUCGAGUAGAUCAAUGGCAGCAACAGUUGACAGAGACGCUAGAAGCUCGCGCGCCCCCGCCCGACUAUAUACCAGGUUGUUUCCCUGAUCAACAUAUCACGGGCCCGCCCAUCAACAAGUACAGAUGUUUGUUAGAAAAACACAAUACGCCUUUCAAUUCGUUACUAUUCAGCUCUGCUCCGGCGAGGCGGUUAUGGAGCUACUUGGUUCGCCAAGAACCCGUUCAGGAGUUGUUCAUUCGCGCCGUGUUCUCCCGUCGCCGCGCUCAGUCGUUGUCCGCGGGCGGCGGGGGCGGGGGCGGGGGCGGGGGCGGCGGCGGCGGUGCCGACGCCCGCGUGGGAUGUGUGCCGCAGCAGAGGCGCGAGGACGACAUGCACAGUCCCGUGCGCAUCAUACACAAGGAACAGGACUCUAUAGCCGCCUUCUGUCUGAACAGGGUGGGUGGAGGAUUAUUGGCGGUGGCGACGGCCCGUGAGGUUCAAGAGAUGGACGUAUCGUUGUUGCUACGCGGAGGAGUAAGCUGGUCUGAAGACGAGUGCGACGUGGAUCUAAUGGGACUGGCCACCGAUCCCGCCACGCUGCCCGACACCGGAUUCCUGCUUAUACAGCACCAAGACAGGCCCAACAACGGUUCCGUCCCAGGCACAGGCAAUAGUUCACCGUUGAAUCCGAGCGCGCCGCAAGUACCCAUCGGUAUGGCCAGUCAAACGGGUCGUGGCGCUAGUGUUGUGUUGAAGCACAAAAUCGACAACAUCAAACGUAUGGCAGCACAUCCUUCUCAGCCUCUCUAUCUAACUGGUGGGGCGGACGGUUCGGUCCAACUGUGGGAGUGGGGCCACGGCUCGUGCGUGUGGUCGCCGCGUGCGCCCGGCGCGUUCGCGAAGGUGACGCGCGUGCGUUUCUCCGACUACGGCAACAAGUUCGCGGCCGCCGACGCGGAUGGCAACCUGGCGAUGUGGCAGUUGCACCCGCCCGCCAAUCAACACGCUGGGCAGGCGCACGCGUCGCCUAGACCAUUCUUUACACAUCAAUGUCACAGUAAAGGAAUUAGUGAUUUCGUAUUCCUUGGUUCCUGCAGUUUAGUUGCUACAGCCGGACAUAGUUCAGAGAGUAAAAACGUAGCUAUUUGGGAUACAUUAAUGCCCAUCAAGAAAGCCUUAGUCGUCUCGUGGACGUGCCACGAGGGUGGGGCGGCGUGCGUAGCGUUCGCCGGUUCGAGCGGGUCGUUAGUGUCGUGCGGGCGGCGCGGCGACGUGCUCGUGUGGGACCUGCGUGCGCGCGCGCAGCGGCACAAGCUGCACGCGCACCACGCGCCCAUCAAGUGUAUCGCGCUCUCCCCGCGCGAGGACAUAUACGCCAUCGGCGCCGCCGACGGAGAUAUCAAGGUGUUCUCUUUGGCUACACAUCAACUGCUCCACACCUUUGCUGGUGAACACGCAAGAAGCUCCUUCUUUAAACACAUCGGUCAAGGAGUAACUCAAAUUCAUAUUGACAACGCGGGACGUUUAUUCUCGUGUGGCGCCGACGGUACAAUGAAGGUGCGCAAGUUGCCUGAACGCGACACUCCGCCUCUACACCAGCCGCAGUAUUGAAUCACCUGGUUAGCAGAAAGCAGUCGGGUGUGAAAGCAUAGCGUCGUCAGGCCUUAUGUUCCCUUGUGAUGUAUUUAUCGUUGUUGCUAUUCAAAUGUUACGAGUAUGAUAUGAAUAUUAUACGCCUUUAGACUAGUCACUGAGUAGCGGAUGUUGGAUAUUUAAAACGUUAAUGAAUCUUUAGUUAUCUUUAGUGUGAAUUCUUCUCUAUUUUAAUCUUAAUGGAACCUUUAGAUCAAUGAUAAUAAAUUUAUUUAUUGGCAAUUGCUAUUAGUCAAUACACGUGGCCACCCUGCGUCUGGCCUAUUUUACAAUGCGUAUACGGGCAGUGGUAGAUAUACAAAGUACAUAACACAUGUGUAUAUUUAUUGAUAUCUUUAAAGUGCAAUAAACUACACGAUCGCUUACUUAUGAAACCGACUGCAGAUGACGUCGAAGCCUUCAUUUAACAUAAUUUUAGCUCCUGGUGUAAUUAGCUUAUAAUGAGUGCAUAUAGUAUGUAUGUAUAACUUGUUGACGCAUAAUAAAAUAAUUUAUCAAAAUAUAAUAUUUCUAAUACAAUGUGUAAAAUCUUGUUAGCUUGUGUGUAUCAUGUCGUUAUGCAAUUUUGAACGUUUGCGUUUCGUCGACGUUGUAUCGUCUAUAUAAUUAUAUACCUUCCUCUAAAAUGUCGCACAUCGCGUUUUCGUAUAGGCGUAAGUGUUUCAUCUAAAUAUACCUGUGUGAUGAGUAUGAGAUUACACUUUCGACUAAUUUAUUAAUAUUUAAAGCAUUUCUUUAAAUCUGUGCAAUAAUGUACAUUUAUUUUUCCAGACAGUAUUAUUGUAACACGUGAAUUAGAACUGCGAUAUUGUUUUUUUUUUUUUGGAGUACUCACAACAUUAACGUGUAUGUAUCUGGAUAUAAGCGUGAGAAUGGUAUCAUUAAGCUGGAUUUGAAUUCCAACUGUAUUCCAAUAAUUUUCAUAAAUUGUAUUUGUUAAAAGUUUUUUUUUUAAAUAUUUUGUCAAGAUUUACCUUUGUUCUUUAUCGAUUCCAUAUAUUUCAGAUUUAAGACAGUUUAAUAAUCUUAAUGUACGAACACUUAUAAUGUAAUUUACGCUUCAAUGUUAAUAAAAUCUAUAGUUUUUUUAAAUAUUUAAAUCACAUAAUCUCCUAAUUAACAAUGCAAUGUGUUUCCUAUCUACAUACUGUUAAAAGACAUUUCGUUUCAUUGUUUUUGUUUGAUCAACUAUUUAUAUCAUUCUAGUUUUAAUAUAGUAUUAUCACCAAAGUUAAAUUAAUCAAUGUUUGGUUCACUAUAAUUGAAUAGUUAACAUAUGUUAAAUUAUAAUCGAAUAAAUGGGUAUGUCAUCAUUAUAAUUAUAGUAUUUAAAUCACAAUAAGAGUUGCAAUGUUUUCAAGAGCUCUUGCUAUUUUAAGACCACCUUAACAAACCUAUAUAUCAAGGUGCUCAAAAAAUUUUUUUUUCUGUUUGUAAAUGUGGAAGUUUAAGGACAAAUUAUAAUCAUUAAAUGCUCUGCGAGACUGCUGAUAGUUAAUGUCGGCAUCGAGAUAUUUUCAAAGUGAAAAAAUUGUUUCUUAAGACACAUGCUGAUUGUUGGUUUCCUAAGCCACAUUGUUUGGGGCUUAUCUGAUUUCAGAGGAUUACAGCAUACAAUACUUAUCAAAAUACGAUUCUGAACGGAUACCUACUAUUUUGGACCGAGGUCUGAGUUCUCCUAGCGUUAACGUAAAUAUAGCGCUACCAUAGCGUUUUACUCAGUGAAUUAUUUCGAAAAUAAACGAAACAAAAUUAAGGAUUUAAAAUAAAAAAUGAAUAUUAAAACGUCACUGAGACUAUUCUUACUUUAUCACUAUCAGAAUCAAGACAAUGAUUUUGGCAUCGUUAAUUUUAACAGUGGACAAUAUCGACCAGCAAUAUGUAUUGUCGAAUCAUGAAAAUUUUUAAUUAAUAAUUAUUUUUAUUACUAUUUGUUAAGGCUGUAUGUAUACAUUAUUAACACAAAAUUACGGUCAUAAUUCGCUUUAGUGCUUUCUAAGCUUCAUUAUUAUUAUUAUUAUUAUUAUCAAUGUAAAAAUUGUAUUUAGUUUACGUUUUAACGAUGGUUGUUUUAUUGCAACAUUUCACUACUUUCGUAGGGAGAUAGCUGUGAUGUACUUGUAAGUUAAUUUGUAUCAGUUUAUCGAUGUAUAGUUUGGUUUUACGUAAUAUAUACGCAAGUGUGUCAGAGGCCGUGCAACUUAUAUCACUUAUACACAUUUCAGAAUAUGAACUAUUACUUACACCUAACUGGCCUGACACUUAACUGUAAGUCAAUUUUUGAUGGAUAAUAAACUGAUAAUUACGUAAUAUCUGAUGAAACCACACUGCAUCUAAUAUACAUGGUUAAACUAUCGAUAAUGUUCGUAUUUUAUGCCAAUUUUGUUUUAUUUAUGGAAAAUAAAAGUUAAAUCCGUU